CUCGGUAAUUUAAUACAGUAGUAUUAAUGAGAGUACAGAAAUUGUUCAUACCGUAAACCAAGUCGCUAUUAAUCGAUUCUCCACCUGCGUCUACGAAAGAGGAAAAUGUUAUUUUAUCUUAAAGCUAUUUUACUAUCAGCGGGUUUGUUUACGGUUACCCAAGCACAAGAAUUUGCAAACUACUUCGGCAGUCAGAUAGGAGUAUUUUCCACUCUUGCCCACCAAGUGACUGGAACCGUGUAUGCAAUUAACAGCACAAGCCUAUGGAUUAGAGGCUUCAACUACGACGGAGCAGGACCAGAUGCCUUCUUCUGGGCUGGAUCAACUACCAUUCCAUCCUCUGCAGGGGAGAUAAUACCGGACGAAAAUGGAAGCGUGGACAAAUUAGGCGCAUAUACAAAUGCCAACCUAAUUAUAAACCUUCCUACGGGUCGUGUUAUCACUGAUUUCAAGUGGAUUUCCGUGUGGUGUCGCCGAUUUGCUGCCAACUUUGGACAAGUUCUCAUUGCGUCAGACUUCGUCGCACCAUCGCCAGUGUCUCUGGGAGUGCUUGGUUUUACACCACGUGUUCAUAACGUACGCGCAGAUAACGUGAUACUUCUCGACUCGCAAACUGUAAAGUUUGUUAAUCUUGAUUACGAUGGUGGUGGUCCGGCCGCAUAUUUUUGGGUUGGAACCGGAUCAGGGCCAAGCCGUCUGGCAAAAAUAUCAAAUUCAAUUAUUAUAUGUAUUUCGGGGAGAUUACCUACCCCUAAUCGGAAGAUUAAAACUACUAUACUUAGACGAUUCAACGGCGAAGAUAUAACUAUUAAAUUUGAUGGUGAACUGACAGUCUUUGAUAUCAAUUACAUCGGUCUGUGGUGUGAAUCAGCCACACAAGACUUCGGGCACGUCGAUAUACCAAAUAUGCCAGCAGUUAUACCAAGUAUAAUAACUGAGCCUCCACCAACGCAGGCACCAACACCGACACCACCACCACCUUUUGAUAACUGUGAACCGUUGAGUGAUACUUUCCAAGUGUUGUGGCAGAUUCGAGAUCAGUCCAUUGAUAUCGAGCUGAGGGGGCUAAUUCCUAUGAAUAAUUACAUGUCAUUCGGUUUAAGUGGCGCAACUGAUCGGACUUCUAUGGUUGGUUCUGACGUCGUAGUUGCUUGGUUAAAUGGACCAGAAGCUAAAGCUGUAGAUUACGAUUUGAAUGCAUAUUCUCAGUGUUCAGGUGGUAGUGGUGCAUGCCCUGAUACGGAAUCGUCAACUCCUGGAACAGAUAGUGUCACCGACAUAGCAGGCUCGUUUUCAGAUGGUGUUACAUCUAUUAAAUACACCAGACUACUAAACACAGGUAAAGAUUUUUUUAGGGGGCUCAGUGGGGAUCCAAUGUGUUUUGAAAAAAGUGCUCUUCCCCCAGCAGUUUUUAAAAAUACUUUUGGAUGCAAGACGAUCAACUUCGGUAGGAGUGCUCAGAACUCAUGUCCACCUCUGAUAUCAGGCGUUGAGUCGACAGCACCAGAACCAUGGCCUCCUUCGGAAAUAGGGCCUAACACCACACAGUUUGUACUUAAAAUCGGGCAAUCAGGUGGCGACAGGGGAUACACUGCUAUAACAGGCAAGCCAGGGUGGGGCAUUUCAUGGUAUGUCAACGGACUCCUGAUUCCUGAGCUGACAGUGCGACGAGGCAUUAGUUACACGUUCCGAGUGUUUGGUGGCUCAAAUCCAGCCCGAUCUGCCGAUUAUCAUCCGUUCUACAUAACUAACGAUGAUGCGGGAGGACUGGCGUCACUGUUAGAAGAUGAAAUCAAGAACGACACGGUGAUUUACGCUGGACCAGUCAAUGGAUCCUUGUGUAUUUAUGAGAACACUGGUGAAGACCAAGCAGCUACUUCGGACACUUUUAAUGACUACUUUAUGACGCUGACUGAGGAAUGUGAAUCGCCACAGGAACCCGCUGAAUUAGUGUGGACACCAGACGAAAAUACACCGGAUUUGGUAUACUAUCAGUGUUACACACAUCGUCACCUCGGAUGGCGGAUUAAUGUUGUAGAUGACGUAACUCCUUCAGCUGAACCAGAGCCGUCGGCUUGUGAUAUAUGCUUGAACGGCGGAACGUGUUUGGUUAACGACAACGACUUCACAAUCUCUUGCCGAUGCCCUGAUGGCUUUAGUGGACCAACUUGUAAAAGGGAAAUGGUUUACUGCCUCUGUAUUCCAUAGUAGUAGUAAUCGAGCAUCUAAGUAAUCUUAAUGGACUGGAUAACUUCAAUUGAUUCAUAGAAGAGAAUGAACCAAUAUAUAUCAGAAAUACAGUAUUUUUUAGUUCGACAGCUUUUAUAAUAAAAUCUGUUGCCUCGUUAUGUGAGGACAGAAUGGAUAUUGGAUAUGGAUAAAGCAGUAUUCUAUUUAUAGCACAUAUUAUGUUACAUAUUCUAUAUUAUAUAUCAAAUAUAUAUAUUUAUUUAUAUAAAUGUAUAUCUAUGUGUAUAAAGUUCUUUGUAUUGAUGUAAUAAUUACGAGCGAUAUUGCACUGCUUGGCUACGAAAACAAUACAGUACCGUAAUUGCUAAACUCUGUUAUGUUACUGAGACAAAUUAUUUUUAGAACCAUUUUAGAAAUAGUAGAAUAAUAAUAAAUUAUCCAUUUCAAAAGUUAACUUUUUUGUUAAAGGAAUGCCGGAUAUGACACAUUCAAAUUCUGCCCCCUCUUCCCCCCCCCCCACCAACCAGUAACACCGACAUAGUUUGCCAGAAUAAAAUGCUCCUGACCGGUUAUAAAGUAUAUAAAAUAUAGCAAACCAGAGGUUUAGUUGUGGCCGUUAGAUCAGAAAACAGCUGUAGGACUAUUUAAGUUAUUGCAAACAUUAACUUUAACGAAAUAUGACAUGUUUUGUUGUUUUGGAUUUUCUUUUAAAAUCGAUAUUGACCAGUAAUUGUAUUAUAUGUUGAUACUGAACUAAAAAUAUCCAACGUUAUUGUGUACAGUCCAAAAGAUUUAAAAUCAAUUUUUUUUUUCACUGCGUGUUAAGUCAUUCGUUGUAUUUGUAUUUUUUCUCAAAGUCAAGCUGAUGUUUGAAUGAACACAAUUCGUUGAUGAAGCAGACAUAUUCUGUAUUGAUGUAAUUUGUUUAGAAUCGCCAUGUAUAUUAUAACAUUAUCACGAAUUCCUAAUAGUUUUUAAUUCACAAUAUUGCUUCGCUCAGCCUUUUUGGUUUUUCCGUGGUAUUUUAAUAUCUUAAAUGAACUACGUUACUUUUGUAUAGGCAUAAUUUUUUUAAAGUUAAUUUAAACCCCGGUUGUAUCAUAUUCAUCCAACAUUAUUUUGUUUUCCAUUUGACAGAACAGCCACAAAUGUAGGAACUUGACAAUAGUAAAACCCACCCAUCCCCGGCUUUUCGCGUCAGUAAUGCAUAGAAAUAAAUAACAAGUAAAAAAA